AACCGCAUCUUCCUCGUCUCCUGCCUUCAUCGCCCUCUUCCUCGACCCCCUCUACUUCUACCUCCUCUACAUCGGCGGCGACGUCUGCAUGGUCAUCGACCUCAAGAUCGGCGUCACCGUCACCGUCUUCAGAACCAUCACCGACUUCUUCUACCUCUUCCACCUCGUCCUCAAGUUCCACACCGCCUUCGUCGCCCCCUCCUCCCGCGUGUUCGGCCGCGGGGAGCUCGUCCGCGACCCGUACAAGAUCGCCAUGCGCUACAUCAGGAAGGAUUUCAUCUUCGACCUCGUCGCCACGCUCCCCAUACCCCAGUUUGUGAUAUGGGGUGUGAUCCCGGCGGUGAGCAACAGUUCGAACCACAGCAACAACACCCUCUGCAUGCUCGUGCUAUUCCAGUACAUCCCGAGGCUGUUGCUCAUCUUUCCUCUCAACGCGCGGAUCGUCAAGGCCAACGGAGUCGUCACCAAGACCGCCUGGGCUGGAGCUGCCUAUAAUCUCCUCCUUUAUAUGCUCGCUAGCCAUGCGCUGGGGUCUCUAUGGUACCUUUUGUCGAUGGAACGGCAAUAUCAGUGCUGGCACAUAGAGUGUGGAAAAGAGAACGGCACGAUGAACACACCAAAGUGCGACCUUACUUUUCUAGAUUGCAAUAGGAGGGACCUACCUGAACGGAAAGUCUGGCUGAACUCGACCAAAUUGUUGCACAAUUGCAAUGCGCAGAGCGACGAUGUCAGUUUCCAGUUUGGAAUUUUCUCAGAUGCAUUGAGUAAAGAUAUCGUGGGCGCGUCCUUUGCUGCAAAGUAUCUCUAUUGCCUCUGGUGGGGAUUGAGGAAUCUAAGCUCGUACGGGCAAAACCUGGCGACCAGCACUUGGGUUGGAGAAACAGCAUUUGCUAUAGUUAUAAGUCUCCUGGGUCUUGUGAUAUUCUCACACCUGAUUGGAAACAUGCAGACCUUCUUGCAAUCAACUUCUGUGAAAACUGAGGAGUGGAGAGUUAAAAGGAGUGACAUUGAAGAGUGGAUGAGGCAUCGCCAAUUGCCUCCAAAUCUGCAAGAACGAGUUCGGCGGUUUGUUCAAUAUAAAUGGAUUGCUACUAGAGGUGUGGAUGAAGAAUCUAUUCUACGGGAUUUACCCUUAGACCUCCGUCGUGAAAUUCAGAGGCACCUAUGUAUUGCUCUUGUUCGUCGUGUCCCAUUCUUCUCACAAAUGGAUGAUCAAUUGUUAGACGCCAUAUGUGAACGCCUAGUGUCAUCUCUAAGCAUCAAAGACACAUAUAUUGUCAGAGAAGGAGAUCCAGUGAACAACAUGCUCUUCAUCAUUCGAGGUACACUGGAGAGCUCCACGACAAACGGAGGCAGAAGCGGGUUCUUCAACUCCAUCACCCUCAGACCCGGAGAUUUCUGUGGCGAGGAGCUUCUUACAUGGGCCUUGAUGCCCAAUCCCAACGUCAACUAUCCACUCUCCACACGAACUGUUCGUGCCCUAGACGAAGUUGAGGCAUUUUCUCUUCAAGCCGAAGACCUCAGAUUUGUUUCCAGUCAGUUUAGACGACUCCAUAGCAAAAAGCUUCAGCAUGCGUUUAGAUACUAUUCUCAUCAGUGGAGGACUUGGGGUUCUUGCUUCAUCCAAGCUGCAUGGAGAAGGUACAAGAAGAGGAAAUUGGGCAGGGAGUUGGCUAAACAAGAGAGCCUUUAUUAUAUGGAUGAUUUGGGCCAAGGCACUGAAGAAUCUGAAGAAGUUCACCUUCUCAGUGAGUAUGAUAGUGUUGAUGAAUCAUCGUCCUCUGGAGAUAAUGCAGGUAAAUUCCCUAAUCUGGGAGCGACGAUACUGGCUUCUAAAUUUGCCAAGAAUACAAAGAAGGGAGUUCUUAAGAAAGUGAAGCGAUCUACUCCUUCCAGCGAUAGUAUAAAGAUGCCCAAGCUGCUGAAGCCAGAUGAACCCGAUUUCUCUAUGAAUCCUGAUGAUAGUCUUAUAUGAUAUAUACCCUGUUUAUAUUGAUGUAGUGUAUGUUAAAAGAGAGGCAAAAGAGAUGACUAAUAAGGAAAAAUUGCGAAUCUGUAAUGUAAUUGUAGUGACUUGAGAUUUAACUCCAUACGUUAGAGGCUUUGACUGCACCUUUUACUUGAUGCAUCUGAGCAUUUUUGCAUGAUUAAGCCGAGUAUGGAGAAAUUACUAAACAAUAGCGUAAAUUGUGAGCCAGAUAUUUAACUGACAACAAGUG